AUGUAUACGCAACUGGACUUUUCGCGCUUUUACAGCGACAAUGCCGCCGAACAAAAGGAGUUCUGCAGCGCCCUGGUGUCUGACCUCAGACAACAUGGCUUUGCCAGGCUGGUGAACCACGGAGUGCCUGCCGUCGAUAUCGACAGGGCAUUUGAGACGGCAAGAAUCCCUUUAUAUGCACUUGUCUUGUGUUGGGAUGACUAUCGCCACAAUAUAUUCUUCGAGCUUCCUGUAGACGAGAAGCUCAAGGCGCCCCAUCCCCCAACGGCCAAUCCCCAUCGCGGCUACAGCGCCUUCGGGAUUGAGAACGUAUCGGCCGUGUCAAGCUAUAACAAGUCCAGCGCGGUGCCAUUAUUAAAGGACAUGAAGGUAAUGCAUUUUAAACCCAUAGAUUCAAGACACCCAGCUUACCCAGUUGGCGCAAAGGAGUCCUACGACAUCGGCUCGCAGCGUGACCCGUUAUAUAGCAACAUAUGGCCACCGCCAGGGGUGUGUGACGGCUUCCAGCCCACCUUCACGUCCUUCUUCGAGGUCUGCUACCAAGCCCAGCUUGCCAUCCUCGAAGCCGUCGCCAUCGGGUUGGGUUUGCCCAGGCAGAUCUUUGCGGAGCUGCACGUCGACCAGACCAACGAGCUUCGCUUGACUCACUACCCGACGGUCGCACGCGACGAAUUCGCCUCGUCGACUCGCAUAGCCGCCCAUACCGACUUUGGGAGCAUAACGCUCCUGUUCCAGGACAGCGUCGGGGGUUUGCAGGCGGAGUCGCCGCCCGGUAGCGGGACCUUUGUCGACGUGGCCAGCGGAGGACCGCACGAGUGCAUACUUAACGUUGGCGACUGUCUCGGCAAGUGGGCUGGGCUCGAAAGCGUAUAUCACAGGGUGCAUCUGCCGCAGGCUCGUGCCGUUGCUGGUGACAAACGUGCCAUGGUCGAUGAGAGGUAUUCCAUUGCCUAUUUUGGGAAGCCAGAUAGGUCAGCAAGCCUGCGCCCGGUGACAGGAGAAGCAAAGGAGGCCAGCUACAUGACAGCCGGGGAGUUUCAGAAUAUGAGGAUCCAGGGAACAUACUAGGGGGCGAGAUCUGGGUUCCAGCAGCACCACUUCUGUCAUAAAAGGCGGAUCGUUGUCAAUGUACGAUUAGAGGGCUUAGGAUACCGGCUUUUACUGCGCUGAAGCGUAACAGUAGGGGCCGUUGGUAAUUGUCAGUUCUCUUGCACUUUUCCAGUUUAAAGUAUUUGUUAAUCGUCCUCAAAACA